UCCUUUUUCUCAACCCUGACCUGACAUAUAUAAUCAUAUUUUUUAAAUUUAUGUCAUCGAAAAAUGUAAACAUGAUGUAAACACAGGAGAACCUAACCUUAUAUAUUUUUCAAUAUUUUUCGAAUGGAGCUGACAAAUUUACUGCAAAAAUGUUCUCUCGUCAACAAAUACAAAGUAACCAAAGAGAACGAUAGACAAGAGGAUGAAAAAUUUCAAAAAAUCUAUAAAAAGUGGAAAGGAACUGACGUCAAGGACAAAGAUAUCACCUACAAAGUUAUUCCAAAAUUUUACUUUAAGUUGCCAAAAGAUGACGAAAUAUUACCGCAAAAACUACGCGAGGAGACACGUGCACUAUUUUUACAACGAAGAUCUCGUCAAUUGUUGGACAAUAAUGAAUUGAAGGCACUUUGGGUGCUGCUUGAUAAACAUCACAGUCCACCGUUGUCGGGCGAUGAGCAGCUCAUUAAUUAUGAGGAUUUUAAAAAAGUGGGUAAACUCGCUGGCCAAAAGUGCAGUUUAUAUUUUACUGCCGUUGUUUUCGCAAAAUUGCAACAAGGCGAUCCACAUGGACGAGUGAGUAUAAUGGCACUGUUCAAUUAUGUGAUGAGAAAAGUUUGGCUCCACCAGACGCGAAUUGGACUCUCGCUGUACGACGUCACUGGUCAGGGUUACCUUCGAGAAUCGGAUUUGGAGAAUUAUAUAUUGGAAUUAAUUCCAACGUUGCCGCAACUUGAGGGUUUGGAAAAGUCGUUUCAUUCGUUUUACGUGUGCACGGCUGUGCGAAAAUUUCUCUUCUUUUUGGAUCCAUUGAGAACGGGACGUGUUCGAAUACAAGACAUUUUAGCGUGUAGUUUUCUCGACGAUCUCCUUGAAUUGCGCGAUGAAGAUUUACCAAAAGAUUUGCAGGAGGCCAAUUGGUUUUCAGCGCCGUCAGCACUUAAGGUUUAUGGCCAAUAUCUUAAUCUCGAUCGCGAUCAUAAUGGCAUGUUGAAUAAAGAAGAACUUUCCGGUUACGGAACUGGAACGCUGACUGGAGUUUUCUUGGAACGCGUCUUUCAGGAAUGCCUUACAUAUGAGGGAGAAAUGGACUAUAAAACUUAUUUGGAUUUUGUACUCGCUCUCGAAAAUCGCCACGAACCACAAAGUCUUCAUUAUCUGUUUCGAAUUUUAGACAUUAAUAAUACCGGAUAUUUAGACACAUUUUGCCUAAAUUAUUUCUUUCGUGCAAUUCAAGAACAAAUGUCGAUGCACGGACAGGAGCCUGUAACGUUUGCGGACGUUAAGGACGAAAUUUUCGAUAUGGUGAAACCGUCCGAUCCUUCGAAAAUAACUUUACAGGAUCUACUCUCUUGCGGUCAGGGAGACACUAUGGUUAGUAUUUUAAUAGAAUUCCACGGAUUCUGGGCAUAUGAGAACCGGGAAGCAAUGGCUGCCGAUUCAGGAGAUGAAUCUUCGCAUGUUUGAUAAUUUUUUUUCCUUUGCCUGCGUAAAUAACAAUUCAAUUAUUCAAUAGUAUUUGAAUUUUUAUUGAAUAGUAUUUUUAUACCAUUUUUAAAGAAUGAACAAUAAACAUCGAAUACAUUUUUUACGUUUUA